AUGAAGCCGCCAUCCUUCAAAGGAGGAAUAGAGCCAAUGAAGGCGGAGGCAUGGGUGUUGGGAAUAGAGAAGUUAUUUGAAGUUUUUCCUUGCACCGAAGCUCAAAAGGUGAAACUGGCUGCCUUUACUCUUGAAGACAAGGCGCGAAGGUGGUGGAUGCUUGCGAGAACUAUGCAUCAAGGGUUGACAUGGGAGAGGUUCUUGGAAUUGUUUUAUGAUAAGUAUUUCCCUCAAAGUAUACGAGAUAAGAAGAUAAUUGAAUUUGAGACUCUCCGACAAGGGAAUAAGACCGUUGCUGAGUAUGAAGCCCAAUUUGCGGAACUAGCCCGGUUCGCGCCUCAUAUGGUAGACACAGACUAUAAGAAGGCAUGGAAGUUUGAAGGGGGACUACGGGGUGCUAUUCUGGACAAGGUUAAUAUGCUGAAACUACCCACUUAUGUCGAUGUGUUGGAGAGGGCGGUCAUAGUAGAAGGAAACCUCGCUAAUCAGAACCGAAUCUCUGAAUGGAAAGGAAAGAGACAGAAUACCCAGUGGUCGAAGGGGUCAAUUACUCCAGCAAACAAGAAACAAAAUUCAGGGACUUCAACUACUUCAACCCCCAGUUAG